ACCACUCCACCUUCUGUUAUCAUAUUCCAAUGUCAGCCAGAAGCUCUCUUUAUUUGGACAGGUGUAAAUCUUGUCGUUCUUCGAAAGAUAUAUGCGGCUUUCUUUUAUAUUGAAAAUGUUCUAGGCAGAAACUAAUCGUCAACGAGAACUAUAAAUAGUCCAUGCCAUAGAGCCAAAUGGCAAAGACCAUUGAAAUCACCAACAAGCAGAAUGAAAGCCGCUCUAGCCCUGUCCACACUCCUGGCGAUCCUGGCCCUAGCCUGCGCCUUCCUUACUGGCAGCACCAUCAACAGCAGCACUGGGGCCAAGGUGUGUGUGCUGAGGAACUGCAGCUUGAAUGCCACAACCAAUGCCUGUGGACGCUAUGGCUCCUCCAAUCUGUGUACCCGUUUCAGGAACAGCUGCGUGCUGCGCUACCAGUCGUGUGUGAGCUCCACCACUUACACGGCCGUGGCCCUGUCCAGGUGCUCGUCGAUCAGUCUGAAUAGUCGCGGAAUCUGCGGUGGCUCAUCCUCCACUUCCAGCUCGACUUCAAAUGUUAUUCCCAUCAUCAUACGCCGAGGUUAAAUAUUGUUAAGUGAAUAAACCUUUGGAAACC